GGGCUGGGAAAGAGGGCUCGGCUCCAGGAAGCGGGUACGCGGGUUCCAGCUGCGCGCCCCUCGCUUCGCCGCCUCCUCCGGGCUCCCCCGACUUCCCGCCCCGCCCCGCCCCGGAGCCGGGUCCGGAGUGCCUGGUGGGCUGAUUCCGGAGCGUGGAAGGGAGCACGGAGCACGGAAGCGAGAGGGAGGCGGCGGCGGCGGGAGGCGGGGAGGAGGGGGACCCUCCUCGCUGCUCUCCCAAGUCGGCGCGGAGCCGCCUCGGGCCGGGCCGAGGGCUGCGCGGCGGCGGCGGCGGGGCCCGGCCAGGAUGCGGGGCUCCCGGGACCGCGCGGGGCGGGGCGGGCGGCGGCGGCGGGCUGCGGACGGGAGCUGUCCGCGGUGCUGAAGCGGCGGCGGCUCAGGGACGCGGGGACGAGAGAAGGGGAGCCCUCCUGGGAGUUCCACCGCGACCGCGAAGCGGGGGCGCCGUCGCUCACCGGCCCAUGCCGAGCCCCCGAGCCCCGCGGAGGAGGCGGGACCGUCCGCGGCGGGACAGAGAGGAAGGAGGAGGCCCUGCAUUUGUGAGCACUGAAGAGCUAUGAUCCAAGCCUGCAUGACCUGCCCAAGCCUGUGCGCCCUAUCUCUGCCUGUGGAGAGGCGUCUGCCACAGCUGCAUGACAGCCUAUAUGGAACUCACCUCUGGGCUCUGAGGACUGCUCCGCUGGCCCAGGCCCCCCUCCCCAGCAGCUGCCCCAGAACCAUGGAGAGUCUGAGUGAACUACAGAACCCGCUGCUGCCCAGGAGCCCUGCCCAUCUCCAUGGCCCCUAUCCCUACCCGGAGACCCCACCCAGCUGGUCCUGCCAGGAAAAGCUCUACUCCUACCUCCUAGGUGGCGCUGGGCCUGCCGGAGCCCACCAGCUCCUGGACCCAGGGUCCCUGCAGCUGGCCGUGGAGGCCUGGUACCGGCCUAGCUGCCUCCUGGGGAGAGACAAGGUCAAGGAGCCCAGGGCAGGCAGCUGUGAGACCAGCUUCACAGAGGACAGGGAGCCCCAGGAGGGGCCUCCAGAGCAGCCCACAGGACCUGGCCAAGCUGCAGAGAAUGUCACCAUCCAGACUGUGUCCUACGGGGUACAAGAGGAGCUGCAGGACCAGGAGGAUGACCAGGAGGAAGAGGAGAGCGAUGCCACUUCAACAGAGAGUGAAAGUGAAGACAACUUCCUCACGCUGCCUCCCAGGGACCACCUGGGCCUUACUCUCUUCUCCAUGCUCUGCUGCUUCUGGCCACUGGGCAUUGCUGCCUUCUACUUCUCCCAGGGGACCAGCAAGGCCAUCUCCAAAGGGGACUUCCGCCUGGCCAGCACCACCUCCCGCCGGGCCCUCUUCCUAGCCACACUCGCCAUCGCCGUGGGGGCUGGUCUCUACGUGGCUGUGGUGGUGGCUCUGGCAGCUUACAUGUCCCAGAACGGUCAUGGCUAGUAGCCAGUAGGGCCUGCAUCCUGACUCCCCUGCCCACCUGAGGAAGCAGUGGGGCUUGGGGUUGCAGACCCUAUGGAAAGGCCUGGCCCCUGAAGAUGAUCCCAUGAGAGUGGCUUGCUGAGGGGGAGACCCCCAUUCCACAGCCUGCAGAGCUCAGCCUUCACUUCUGCUUGCCCGCUGCUCCCAGCCCCAGAGCAGGGCCCGGGGCGCCACUCUCUAACCCAGGCUACAGACGGGAAACAGAAGGCAGGGCUGCCCACCAGGCCAUCCCAGCAGGGCCUAGCUCCGUCCAUUCUGCCCAUUCCCUAGAGGAUCUCCUGCCCUACAGCCAGCCCACAACCUACCCUGCCAACCUCCCCACAGAGAAAGAGCAGGAGGUUACAGGGAGGAAAGGGGGUGCCCAGGGCACAAGGGGACCUGUCCCAAUCCUUUCAGCCCACAGGGAUCUUCACCUGGGGACAGCCUGAGCUUCCCUCAACUCCACUGUCUGGCCCCAUCAUGCCCAGACCUCAGCAGGCCAAGAAGGAAAUACGUGGAGGCAAGGGGGCCUCUUGCUGUCUCUGAUUCUAGAGGGUGCUUAUCUCUGCAUGGGCUUGUGAGGCACUGUAGAUUCUAGAUAGGGAAGAGGAGCCUCGGUAUGUAAACUCUGAACCAAGGGCAGGUUCUUGGAGCUUCUUCAUGCGGGUGCAAAAGGCAGUUGCAAUGACAGAGAAUAGAGGGUCCUGAAAUAUUGCUGGACUACAUGACUCUUCCUACUCUCCCCCCACUCCCCGCCCCUAUCAUCCUUUUCUGGGCUUUGCCUGGGGGUCCGUGAGCUGGUGCCAUCACAAGUAGACUAGACCCAGAGAGUGCCCUCAGCUCACCAGCCACUGAGUGCAGGGCCCUAGGUCCAGCCCUGCAGAAAACGCAGCAAGGAGAGACCCUAGGGAGUAGUGAGUAUAGAUGAGGGAAGGGACUCAGGGAAUGAAUGGCCUGCUGAGUAGUCAGCAGUGCUUAGGAAGGCUUCCUGGAGGAGGUAUCCCUUGAGCAAGGCCUAGGAUGAAUAGAAUUCAUCUAAGGGAUUUGGUCACAUAACUCUUUGUAUUUGUAGGCAGGGAUGUGGCAGGAACCUUCCAUGGGAAGCUUCCAGGCUGUUUGGAUUCUGCCUGGAACAUCUGGGCUGGAGCCAAACUACAGCCAUUCCUAAGGGUUCUGCCAACUCAAGGAGGAACGUCACACCUGUCUCUCAAAGACAAGUGAUGUUUUCCCAUCUCUGAAUGCUAGGGGGUCAGUGGUGGGUACCUGGUUACCCCUGGGGCAUCUUCACUGAUACCUCUGCUCAGUGCCAGUCUCAACACCCUCAGCCACUAGGGCACAUCCAGAAUUUUAGAGACAUCUCCAGGUAGGCAGGGGGCAGCACCAAUGUGGGCAGGCCUGUCUGGACUCAAGCUACAGGCCCCUGCUGUGCAUGAUGUGGGAACCUGGUCAUUCCCAUGCCCCAUCCGGAGCCCAGGGCUGUGGCUCCACCACUGAGCAUCCCUUGUCCCACUGUCCUCUCCUGCCUCGGGCACUGCCCAGCCCUCCACUCCUGCAUCACAGCAGUUUUAAGGUCCCAUUAUUGUACUGAUUUAUCCUUGUAAUAAACGUUUCUGUAACA